UGAAAAGUUUUUAUCUUGGCGUUAGAAAUCAGUUCUUUAAGUAUUGAAUUUUUUCUUACAAAAAUGUGAUUUUAGGCAACCAUGAGACGAAAGAGAAGAUUCAAGACUCAGCUGGCGUGCGGUGGAGUACUUGCUGUCCUGUUUACUGCUUUGGCUUACCAUGACCUAAGCAAGGACAUUACAAGCGAAAGUACAGCAAUCACAAAAGAACAUUCAGGUAGAUCAUGAUAUCGUAAACAGUUCGAUGUACCUGUAAGGAAAACAGUGAAACAAAAGGUUUUUAUAUUUUGAAAACAAAUAUUUUGUUUGACGUCUGAUUUGAAUACCACCUACGAAGUAAACAAAUAUUUGUUAGUGGCAGGCCCCCCCACCCCCAGAAGUGAGCCUUCGUAAGAUACUCGUUUGAUUGUAGAUCAGAUUCCACAUUCAGUAUUUCUUCUGGAAACGUUCUGUGUUUAAAACUUAUCAUCUAAAAAAUUAGGUGUCCUACGAUUGCAGCUUCUCUGCGGUAUUGCCAUCAAUAACCACUACGCGAAAACUGGCCUUGCUUCCCAUCAGCGUUAGUUUUUCAGAUCCCUCCGCUUAAAGGAGAAUGAUGCUAAAUCCAAAGUGAAAAUUUUCAUAUAUUUCUUUUGUAGGAAAUACAUUAGAGAAAUUGUUUGUAAGCUUGGUAAUCUUGCUGAUGGGUCAUUGCAGUUAAAUAUAUUCGACAGGGCAAAUGAAAGCGAUGCAGUUUUUAAAAUGGAAACUUGAUAGAUUCACGAAAAUUCUUAAAGUAGUUCAGUAGCUCACUGAGCGAAUGGUUUAUCAAAACGAUCAUAGGUUAAAGUUUUACCUCAAUACCAAUUUUUGAAAAAGGAAAACUAUACUUUCCAGAGGCGCAGAGUACCUGUUUCAUUCGCAGUUUUUCAAGAAGCAGUGACAUUGUCAGACAAGUCUUGUCAUAACAAAAAAAAUUAACACCUACGCACCGCUGAAUUAUUUGGCUUUACAAUACAAUCAUCUGCAUGCUCGUAGGUCCCUCGAAACUAAAAAGCUCAAACAAUUUCUAAUAUGGGAAUUCCCAUAUCGUCUUUUAUUAACUGGUUUAUUUCAUUAUUACCUUAGAUGUGUCAUAUUAUCACAAACUGAAACAUAGCCGUCUUCAUUCUUAUUCAAUUAGACACUUAAUUCUGAACAAAUGCAAGACCCAUUCCCCUCCCUAUAAGAUGAAAAGUUUCCUACUAAUUUCCUUAGGUAAUUAUUUGUUUGCUUUAUUUUUAUGCAGUGUUAGAAGUAAUUACAUUCUUUUAAAAUCCCUUUUAGAAAUAUCUUUUACGUCAAGGCAUCUUUCAGCUCACAAAACCCACAAGCUGAAAAACUGCACGCCACCAUCGAUAGAGGAGUUCCCGAACGAUUUUUUCAACCAGAAGCAAAGGCAACAUGGCGCUGUUAUUGUUAACUUUGCAGUCGCCUUCUACAUGUUCUGGGCAAUAGCUAUAGUGUGUGAUGAUUAUUUUGUGCCAUGUUUGGAGAUCAUCUGCGAGAAAAUGGAUCUUCAAAGUGAUGUAGCUGGGGCUACGUUUAUGGCCUUAGGAAGUUCGGCACCUGAGCUUUUUGCUUCUGUGAUUGGUUAGUAACCUGACUUAUGGUAUCUCUCAGUUAUUACGCGAGCCAUGAUUGGUCAAUUUAGCGGGCUGAAUUUCACGGUACGACCCGCCAAAUUCAGUCGGGAAUUUUUUCGUGCUUUCACUGAGAAGUUUAUUUUCUUUUUUAGGUGUAUUUGUCACAAAAGGAGACAUUGGCGUUGGAACUAUUUUAGGAUCAGCAGUUUUUAACGUACUUUUUGUGAUUGGUGUCUGCGGCGUUGGGGCAGGCACGGUAAGCUAAGUAAAGCAUACAUCAAUCAGCAAAAUAAUACAGGCUUCUCAUAUGCCAAACACAAAAUGCUUUUCAAUAAGUAAACAAACCUUUUAAUUGCCUGUUACUCCUCUUUGAAGCCUUGAUUUAUUUCAAAUUGUCAACAGUAUCUUUUUCUGGUUUUAUUCUAUCAAUUUUGAACAAAUCUUUCUAACUUUUUAUCUGUUGUUGUUGUUGUUGUUGUUGUUGUUGUUUUCGCUCUACCUGAACAGAAAUAUCUUUAUUUAAAUUGGUUUAAAUUUUUUUCCUCACGUUCAUGUUCACUUGAUUCCUUUAGGUUUUGUACCUUGCUUGGUGGCCUUUAGUGAGGGACAGCAUGUUCUAUCUUUUCAGUCUUGUUAUACUCAUGUUGGUUCUUAUGGAUAACAUAGUCAUCUGGUGAGGAGGUUUCAAAUAAUUAUCGAUAGCAUUUAAACUUGCACGUGAUGAUUCGAUUGCUAACUUAACAGUGAGGAAAGUGUCUGAAGGGGUAAAAAUGGGAUCUAGGUUUUGUAAGCUGGUAAAUUUUAAAAAUAAUUUAGCUCAAAUGUUGUCCGGAAAAAGGGGUAAUGUAAAAUUUGAUCCGGGAAAUUAAAUCCGUGCACCCACCCCUCCCCGCCUUUAUUGAUAAUCAUGGUUUUUCAUUGAUUAUCUGUUCGUUUCCUGUUCUAACAAACUUGAAAAUCACUUAUGUUGAUUAAAACUUCAUGUUCCUGUUGAACACCAGCUAAUUACCUGACCAUGGUACACAAUCCUGGCUGGGCCAUGAAUGAGAAUGAUACACGAAAUAGAGGUUUGGGAGAAAAAAAAGGAAAAAAAACUCCAGAUUUUAAAUUCAAAACGAAAUCAGUGGAUAAAAGUUGAACCAGUUUCACUUUUUUGAAAAACUUUCCUCUAAAAGUAUUCAUGAUAUCUCCUCAGGUCAGAAGCCACGGCUAUGGUUUGCUUCUACUCAGUCUACCUUCUGAUUAUGUAUUUCAAUCCUCGCAUCGAGGCGUGGCUCUACAGGGUGACAAACACAACUAGCCCUGAAUACAAGUCUGAACUUCACGCUAAUAACGGCAAGAAAAACGGGUACUCAAAAGUUCCCGGAGAUGACUCAGAAAAUACUGAAUUUGAGAAAAACAAGGAGAAAGACGAUUUAGAAGAUGUAAAAGAAGACAACGAACAAAAUAAAAAGGAGGAAGAAAAGGAAAAGAAACCUGUAUUCUCUGGUAAGAUUUCCAUUUGAUUCUCAAGUACAGGCUGUACGUGUUUCAAGAAACUGAUAGGGAUUUUUUACCUCCGUGUGCAAAAACUUAAAAGUGUUGUGGCUUGAUACCUGUAGUUAUUUCCACAAUUUUGAUCAUCACGGGCAAAAAAAGAUGUUAGAGAUCCCUGGAAAGAUAGUAAAAAUAACAGUUCGGUGGAAAUAAAAUAAAACAGAAUAUGGAUUGUUAAGGAUGGAGAAGAGUCCUACGCAUGUCGAAGGUUACAAGCUAUGAUGAAACUGUUGCCAUAGGAAUAAAUCCAUAGGUUCUAAAAAGAGAAAAGAAAGACUAAUAAAAGGUCUUUCAAUGUUCUUUUCUUUUUUUUUUUUUCAAUCCUCAGAAAGCGGCGAGCAUUUGGCUCAUCACUAUGAAUAUGAUCAACAAAGACCUCACGAGGUCCCAGAUCUCACCCUAGGAACGCCAUUGAGUCCACCGGAAGGAGUCUGGGCUCGCUUCUGCUGGGCGCUUGGGCUGCCAAUCAACAUUUUAUUCUAUUUCACAAUCCCAGAUGUAAAAAAGGAAUCUUGUCGUAAGUUCGCGGGAUUCUCUUUUGUGGUGUGCAUUGUGUGGAUUGGUGUGACGUCAUACAUUCUUGUUUGGAUGGUUACUAUAAUUGGAUACACUUUCAUGAUUCCUGAUACCGUUAUGGGACUUUCUCUUGUCGCUUUCGGUAGCAGUGUUCCCGACUGCUUAUCAAGCCUCUUUGUAGCGCAGAAAGGUGGGUGCCAAAUUUGUCUCAUCGUUUUAUUAAGAGUUUGUUUUCUGCAGUUAUUUUUUCCUGUUUAACCCUCGACGGAUCCUGUGACCACCCAAUAUUUAUCGCAUCCCCCGUGGGGGGAAGAGGCUGGGACUAAAAGGACUAUUGGGGUCCCCCCUUCGUUUAGGAGGAACGAAGGGGGACCAGUGCGUCGCUAAUGAAAAGGGGGACUGUCGAAAAUUGACUGCCGAUUAAUUGUUGAUGCAGAGGGGGUGGGGGGGGGUCACAAGGAUAUUACAUAGCCUUCACGGCGGGGGAGAGAAUCUGGUAAAUUUAUCUUUACACAACUGGUGUAACUUGGACAGUACAACAAUAAGCAACUAUUGGAUGAGUUUGAACAUGUUACUAUUAAUUAUGCGAGGUCUGAGUUAUUCGCCGAAGGCGGAGACCGAUAACACAGUUAUGACUUUUGAUAAUUCAUGAUAUCGUGAGAAAACGGAAUUCUAUAAUUGUUUUAUCCUACAGUUUUUUAAAUAAUCUGUACAAGAAGAAACUUCUCUCUGAAUUUGCAAAAGCUUGAGAACCAGCCACAAGGGCAAGGGCCUUGGAAACUAGGUAGACUUUGAACUCGGCAUAUUAUUCAAUAUCUGAUGCAGAUGUUAGGUUGUCAUGUCUACUUCACAAGCUAUUGUCUAUUGACAGAAUGCUCUCUCGACCAAUCAGUUUUCAUACUCAGUCUGAUGCAUGAUAAUUGCAAUUCAAGGUUUUUCAGAGAGAAAUAAAUACCCCUUACUAAUCGGGUUGAUAUCUGUUCUGUAAAUUUAGGAGCCGAAUUUUAGCCCCACGAUUCAUGGCUGAGUGCGAAGCGCACAGGUCAUUAUCGAAGGAGGAAAAAGAGGAUUUUUAACAUGACGGAAUGACAGGCCAAAAUUAGCGAGGCAUUUAUCAUUUCCCUUCUGUUUCCGACGGGUUCUUCAAAAACAAAAUGAAUCAAUUUUCAAAUCUUUGUUCUACUGUUAACACGAUUCAGCUUAUUAACGUAGACACUAAAAGAUCUAAACUAACAUUUUCCAAACUUACUGAUUUAAAAUCACAAAUUAAUUUGGUGGCAAAAACAAAUUUACCAUUUAAAGUGACCGCAAAAUUUGUUAAUUGCGGCAAAAUAUAACCCUGAGGCAUAAAACACAUUUCGUAAAACUUUAUUGCAAACUUAGGAUAAUGGUCGAUUCCAGGAUUAAAAUUCGGAACCCACUCAGUUGCCAUUAUUUUUUUUAUUACUUUUCCUGUAGGUGACGGAGAUAUGGCCGUGUCGCACACAGUUGGUAGCAAUGUAUUCGACAUCCUGUUGUGCCUAGGAAUUCCCUGGCUUGUCAAAACCACUGUGUGGGACUAUGACUCAGCCGUCGUCAUCAACAGUCACGGACUCUUCGUCUCUUGUUUCUUCAUUUUGGGCUCCAUAGCUGUCACGCUGUUUAUUAUUUACUACUAUAAAUGGGUUUUGGAUAAAAAAGUGGGCUGCAUCUAUCUUAUAUUUUACUUUAUAUUCAUGGGCAUAUCUAUCUAUGUGGAAAUGAAAGCGUUUGGGAAGUACAAUCCGCCUAUGUGUAUCGUAGACGUUUGAAUUUCAAGGCCUAUCUAUAUUUGGAAAGCCAUUAAAAUUGGCCAUUGUUAUAUUUCAAUUGACAUGGUGUUCGUAGUUCAGCUUGUCUGUAUGUACUUGAAGAAUACUCUGGUCGAGGGUUUUAAACAUGAGAUGCAACUUUCCUCGAUGGCAUUCAAUCGUCCCUGCAUUCUAGAAUACCAAACAGUUAGAAAAAAGACUGACAGAGAACAGUUAACAUCCAUAAUAGUAUGUCAGAAUAAUAUGAAUCAAUCUUGUUUCUUGUACUAGUUUCGCCUUUAAGAGAGAUAGAAUACCUCGGCGACUAGUUUUCCUACUCUCAUUUGAACCAUGCUGAUGAUAUCAUUUGAAGACUUUUCAAUUCCAAAAGGAUGGAUAAGAUUUUAAGGCAAUGUUACUCUUUUACAGGUUAAUCUAUCCUACACAGAAUUUGCACGAAAAAUGACAACAAUCCUUGCUGUCAUUUUGCGUGCCAUUAAACAUGCCAUUAAUCACGGGAGUCAAGGGCUCUGCUGGAUUAAACGUGUUUUAAGACACAAGCUAUUUUUUAAAUUAGAUUACGAAAGACAAUGACUCUACCAGAAAGGAAGUUCGUGAGAGUAGGAAAGUGAUUAAAGUUUUUGGUGUAUGCAACCAAAGAAUAAUUUCUUGCUUGGAAAAAAUUUUAAGUGCUUCACAGGUGUAAAAAGGUGAGGAACUUUCCACCGGGUGAUUAAUGAAAAGGAUAAUAUUAUUCAGAUCAAUGCAAUAAAUAUCUUCCUUUUUUGAAAUAUCUUUUUCAUUAUUUUGGGGUAUACGGUAAAGGAGCUACUUUUAUAUUAUAUUACACUGAG